AAGGACCAUUUAAAUUUGGUUGUACAUCAUUAACAAUAUCUGAUAAAAUUUUAUCAAAUUUAAAUCUUGAUACAGAUAUUUUUUGUUCACCAAAUGGUAUUGCAUUUGUUAAAAGACAUAUACGACGAGGAAUAUUACCUGUUAUGCUUGAAGAAAUUUUAGCAACACGUGUUAUGGUUAAAAAUACAAUGAAAUUAAUUGAUAAAAAAUCUACACUUUAUAGAACAUUAGAUGCAAGACAAUUAUGUUUAAAAUUAAUUGCUAAUGUUACAUUUGGAUAUACAUCAGCUAGUUUUAGUGGACGAAUGCCAUGUGUUGAGGUUGGCGAUACAAUUGUACACACAGCUCGUACUGUUCUUGAACGUGCUAUUGAUUUUAUUAGAACAAAUCCACAUUUUGGUUGUCGUGUUGUUUAUGGUGAUACUGAUUCAUUGUUUAUUCAAUUUCCACAUUCAACUCGUGCUCAAGCUUUUGAACAAUCACAUUUACUUGUUAAAGCACUCAAUCAAUUAUAUCCAUCACCAAUAAAAAUUAAAUUCGAAAAAAUUUAUAUGCAAAGUGUUUUAGCAUCUAAAAAACGUUAUGUUGGUAUGUCAUAUGAAACAAUUGAUCAACAACAAGGUAAAUUUGAUGCUAAAGGUAUUGAAACAGUUCGUCGUGAUACAUGUUUAAUUGUAUCAAAAAUUCUUCAACAAUCACUUAAAUUAUUAUUUCAAACUAAAGAUAUAACACGUGUACGUCGUUAUGUACAAUUUGAAUGUGAAAAAAUUUUAACAAAUCGUUUUAAUUUACUUGAUUUUAUAUUUGCUAAAGAAUAUGGUGGUAAAACACGAUAUCAUCCAUUAGCACCUGUACCAGCUUUACGUAUUGCAAUUGAACGUUCAAAAACAAAUCCAUUAGCUGAACCAAAUCAAGGUGAACGUGUACCAUAUGUUAUUGGUUUUAAUACAGAAUUAGUAAAUGCAAAUUUAAUUGAUUGUGUUUGGACAUUAGAUAAUGUACUUAAUUAUAAAUCACAAUUUAAACUUAAUUCAAUGUAUUAUAUAAAAAAACAAAUUUUACCAGCACUUGAUCGUUGUUUAGCAUUAAUUGGUGUUAAUGUUUUUAAAUGGAUUGAUAAUUUAUUAAUUGAUAUAAAUUCAAAUGAUAGACAACAAGGAUAUAAUUUAGAUGAAAAUCUUCGUAAAAAUAAUCUUCAUCAACGAUGUAUUAUUUGUUUACAAUUAACAAAUACACCAUUAUGUAAUGAAUGUCGAGAAGAAGAAGAUUUAUCUGAAACAAUGAUUAUAUGUGAAAAUAAAGCUAAUAAAUUAGAACGACAACAUGCAAAUUUACAAAGAAUGUGUUUUGCAUGUUCAGAUCGUAUGGAUGGAUGGUUUCAAUGUUCAACAAUUGAUUGUCCAAUUAGAUUUCGUCUUCAUAAAAUUACACAAUUAAUGCAAAAUGCACAAGAAACAAGAAAAUUUGUAUAUAAUGAAUGUUGA